AAAAACUGAAAAGGAAAAACAUCUGAAAUGAAAUGAUCUCAUCUCAUCAUCUCUCUCCCGCUUAAUCCACUGACAAAAAUCACAUGUUGAAGCAGACAAUUUCAGACCCACCGAUAUUCCCCAUCCCACAUGCUCAUCUCAAAAUUAACCUAUUAUUGAAAACAAGAAUUUAGUUAUGAUAAUGAUAAUGUUUUUGCCAGCAUUGCAGUCCUGGAUUUACACAUGGAUGUAUGGACCAUGCUUCCUUCCAACAACUAUCCCUCAUUGUGGGCUGUCUUCAUUUCCUUGUUUUUUUUUUACAAUUCCCUAUUUCAAUCAUUCCCUGCAUAAUGCUUAUCUGUUUCUUCAUUCAUUCAAUCCUUUAAGUUUGUUCACUUCCCUCCCUUAAAGAUUUGAUUUUGGGAAUUGGGGCUUCCUUUGUUUUCUUGAUUUUUAUGAUUCUUGAAGAUAUGAAUUGAUAUGGUGUUGAUUCUUGAGAAAAUAGUAUCUGAUUUUCCAUAGACUAGGGCACUGUGUAGUGUAGGUAGGCUUUGUUGGAUAAAAGGGGGAGUGUUGGAGGAAAGGGAGUAAACAUGGCUGCAAAACUGCUACAUUCUUUGACAGAUGACAACAUUGAGUUGCAGAAGCAAAUAGGAUGUAUGAAUGGCCUUUUUCAGCUGUUUGAUCGCCACCAUGUCCUCACUGGUGGCAGGCACAAACAUGGAAUCUCAGACUACAAUGCUGCUACUCCGGAAGGAGACGAGCACGGUAGAUCUGCAUCUACAGAGAAGAUUCCAGUCAAGAAUGUCCAAGAGAGGCAAAGAAUCUCGAAUGCAUCACCCCGGGCUUCUUUGUCCUCGUUGUCACGUUCAUCCUCCUCCUCGUCACUUGAAUGCAGCAGAGUUACUCAGUCAGAAGCCUAUGAAAGAAUCAUCUUCCCUGAGACCCCUUCAAGGGACCCUGCUGCUUCGUCCCCUCAGUUUAGCCGACACAUUCGUGAUCUGGUGAAAGACUCCAUGUACAGGGACCCUGCCAUCAAGAACCGAGGCUCGCCAAGGCUGCAGCAUUCUGAGCUGGUGAAUGAUGAUGUGAAAGAAUCUGUUAUAGCUGCUGCACCUCAACUUCAAGAAGCACCUAAGCGUCAUAACGAAGGCAGACGCCUCAUGAGGUCGUUAUCCUAUCACUCAAGAGAUGAGUAUCCGUCUCUGACCACUAGAGACGCCCCCCGGUUUUCCUAUGACGGAAGGGAAGCAAACCGGUUCACAUUGGAUUCAAGGGAUGUCUCCAAAUCCACCCUCAAGAUCAAAGACCUUCCCCGGCUUUCGCUAGAUGCUAGCAAGGCUGGUCAAGUGCGGGUUUCUGUGCAGCACGAUAGUGGUGUUGACUGUGAUGGAAAGACUCAAUCUGCACGGCCACCAAGUGUCGUGGCAAAGCUGAUGGGCCUCGAGACACUGCCUCGUUCCGUUGACACCAACUCUGGUGUAUCUAAGAGCUCUCAAGAUAAAGACUUGAUUGAUAAGUCAAGGCCAUUUGCAGAGGCAGAGGCAAGCAAGGUGUGGAGAGAGCCUAGCUCACCACGUUGGAGGAGUCCCGAUUCUUCUAUGAAGCCUCUGUCGCGGUUUCCACUUGAGCCAGCGCCAUGGAAGCACAGCGAGGGGAAGAGGAGCUCUCAGAAACCACGGCCUAAAGCUACAAGAGGUGCAGCAAAGGCAGAAGCUACGUUCCCCUCUGUUUACAGUGAGAUCGAGAAGCGAUUGAAGGAUCUCGAGUUCACACAGUCUGGAAAGGAUCUCAGAGCACUCAAACAGAUUUUGGAAGCAAUGCAGUCUAAGAAGCUGCUGCAAACCCCAAAACAAGAGCAUGAGGAAAAACAGUUGAGACCGAAACACGAGGAGCCUCUUGCUUCCACGAAGAGGGCACCAAGGCAUUCCGAGCCUCCAAUAGUGAUCAUCAAACCUGCUAAAGAUCCGAGCUAUAAAUCCGUCCAGCGCGAUUCAUCCGUGAAAAACGACACGACCCUAAAGGCAACACAUGUUUCAACAAGAUCACAACACUCAGUGAAAGAUGGCUUGGGGAAGAGCUCAGGGUCAAUCAGUCCUAGAUUACUACAGAAGAAACUCGAUCUGGAAAAAAGAGCUCGACCGCCCACUCCCCCUGAUUCAACCAAGCUAAGAAAACAACCGAGCAAGCAGCUAGGCGAGUCCAAUUCCCCAGGAGGAAGACGAAGACCAAAACUGAGUGAAGUAAAUGAGAAUAUGGUUCGUUUGAGUGCUUCAGUUCCUCGCACGAGCAGUUCAUCAAGGGAAGCGUCCGAAUCUAUGCUAACUGACUCCUCAGUAGAGCAGAUUCACACUGAGCACUCGAGCCCUGUAUCUGUUCUUGACAACAGAAUUCACACAGAUGACUCACCUUCUUCACUCACAUACAAAGUAGAAAAAGAGAAGGACUCGAGCAUCGCUCGAGGAAGCUCUACAGACAACAGCAAUCCCAGUUGGAGGGAAUAUGGUUUCACAACAGAGAUGAACCAAAACAAGCUCCAGAGCAUCGAAAACUUAGUUCAGAAGCUGAGGCGUGUCAACUCCAGCCACGACGAGGCAGGCACGGAUUACAUAGCCUCACUGUGUGCUAACACUGAUCCAGACCACAGAUAUAUAUCCGAGAUCCUAUUAGCCUCAGGGCUCCUCCUCAGAGACCUGACGGACUUCCAGUUCCAUCCAUCGGGCCAUCCCAUCAACCCGGAGCUGUUCCUGGUCCUGGAGCAGACAAAGGCAGGCAGCGUGCUCCAUACCACCCCGGAGAAGAGGAAGCUCGUGUUUGACACUGUGAAUGAGAUUCUUGGCAGGAAACUGGCACCAGCCGAUCCCUGGCUGAGACGGCUGGAGCUGACUAGGACGGCCACAAACGCGCAGAAGCUCCUCAGAGAGCUUUGCUCGGAGAUUGAGAGGCUGCAAGGCGGGAAAGUGCAAUGCAGCAGCAGGGGCUCGGGCGAGGACGAGGAGAGAUGGAAGGGAGUGGUGUGCAGAGAUGUUAUGAAUCAUGGCUGGAUGGGGUUCGAUGAUGAGAUAUCGUGCGCUGUUCUUGACAUCGAGCGCUCCAUAUUUAAGGAUUUGGUUAACGAGAUUGUGAUUGGAGAGGCUGCUGCUUGUGCUUCUACUACUGGUUUGAAAAUCAAACCAGUAGGUAGAAGGAGACCCUUUGCCAACUAGUUUGCAGUUGCAUUUGUUGUUCCAAUUUGUCAUUUCUUCACUUGAUUUAAAAUAAUUUUUAGUGAGGUAUCUAUAUAUACAAUAACAUUAGUGUGACUUUUCA